AUGGACAGGGUCAGCCAAAGCAAGAAAAUGGAGGACUUCAUUUUACUCAAGACCAAGUGCCAAAGGGUGAUUGGAGAUGGGGUUUCUACAUAUUUGGUUUUUGGGUUGUUCGAUAGACAUAAUGGAUUUGCAGCUGCUUUGUACUCAAAAGAGAACCUUCUAAACAAUGUUUUAGCUGCUAUUCCUCCAGAACUUAGCAAAGAUGAGUGGGUAGCUGUCUUGCCUAGGACUUUAGUUGCAGGGUUUGUUGAGACAGACAUGGACUUCCAAGAGGAAGCACAAACUUCAGGAAUAACUAUUACCUUUGUAACAAUAGAAGGAUGGGUGGUAAUUAUUGCUUCCAUUGGUGAUUCACGAUGGAUAUUUGAAUCCACUGAAGGUGAUAUAUACCAUUUGUCAGCAAACCAUAGAUUUGAAUGCGAUGAAGAGGAAAGAGAUUGUGUCGCUGCAAGGGAGGUUCUCAUUGUCUGGAAAAACCAUCACCCGGGUUUCUCUCCUUAA